AAAUAAUAUUAUUGAUCCUUUAAAAUUAAUGGUCCCCUCAAUCAACAUUCAACAUUCAUCAACAUUCCGGGUCCGUUUGUCAUGGUUUCACUCGUCACAACAGUUCCGUAAUAUAUACGUAUGUUGUGACACAAGGACGCUUAGCAGCUUGUCAACUUUCUGCACCGAACGAGUGAAUAGCAUACCAUUUAUUGGACUGAAUAGCUACAUACAUAUCACAACUAAUGGUCAUUUGAAACCCCUUUUUUGCUCGUAUAACAAUUUGUGAUAUCUCUCUCGGAAAUUGGUUUGUUGUGGUUGUCCAAUUGAGCUUUCAUUAUAUAAUUGGCCAUUAAAUUUCAUUAAUCUCAAAUCAGUCAUACUAAACAAUCAUCAUGUAGUUCAGUUAUAAUUAUCAGUUAAAAGAAAAACAUAGCGUGACCCCUUUUUAAGUGAAAAUCUUUAUUUUUAAACCAAACUUAUCUUUUCUUCGGUAUGAUUAGAGAAGUAAAAGUCACUUCUUAACUUUUUUUCACAAACUUCCACUAAUUUUGACUAAUAGGUUCUACUAAUGGUUUCACCAUUCUCAUUAUGGCACCCCCACUAAUCAGCGAGUACAAGCUUACAUUCGUGCUAAAACGCUUACUCGAAACUUUUGUGGGAGGACUUCGCCUCUGUUCGCCAGUGUCUUUCGUGGUCAUCCAAAUCCUCCUCUUCUCCACCCCGGCCCUCCUCGUCUCCGUCGUCAACCUUGCCGCCGGGGGGUCCAGCACGGAAUGGAAGUCCGCCAUAAUUCUGACGAGCAGUUUCCUCUUCGAUUUCUUUUUAUCCUUGGUCAUCCUUCUGCUGAAGAGGGGGAGGUCAAAUAUCGUCCAGAGUUUGCCCAGCCUCCGGGUGAGCGAUGCGAUAAGUGAGAAUGGAGGUGGUGAAAGUGGGACCACGAAUUCGACGCCUGGAGGGAUUCGACAUGAACACAUCACGUCAUUCCUGUCUCAGGAAGACAUGGUGCCCAAUGAGGGUUGCCACAAGCCAUCCACCUGGAUUUACAUUGCACCCAAUCCGACCUUUUCGAUAUCCUGUGUCGUUACUUUGCUAUUAUCGGCCCUUUCUUUCGGACUUUGUACGCCUCUCAUGAUUUCGGAGGUGAUUUCCCCAGUUUUGAGAGGCCUGGCAAUAUUUGCCAUGUGCAAUGCUCGUUACAGCUCAAUAAUAAAUUCUCCCUCGGAAAUUGUCAAUUUCGAUACGGUAGCUCCAGAAAAGAGGCAUGUUCUGUACCGCACGUUCUACACGUUGUUGAUUGGAUUGUCCUAUUUUGUAUUUGCUCAAAUAUCUCGUGAUCCCCUCGACCACUGUGUCAUGUCCUUGCUUGCUGGAAUUCUGGCAUUCUUUCCUCUCCUCUGGGGACUGGGCAUAUUGCCCGAUACGGAUGCCAUAUUUCCUUGGGCGUUGGGAAUGCUCCUCCUCAUCUUAGGUGGUACAUCACCCAGCUUUCACUACGCUGGGACAUUACUCAGCCUUAUCGUGGUGAUAAUCUGCCCCAUCAUCGUGUUCAUUGUGACACAAGAGUCAAUCAAAAUAGUUUUAGCAGAGUGUAUUUGCGGUUACAUAAUAUCCUGUGAUACGGGUCGACUAAUUGCUGUAAAGUCCACGCUGUGUGAGGAGACUCCAACAAAAUCCUUCCUUAACCAGCUCAUCUUCCCAUUUUUCAACAUUAUAGCCUCCCUGGCUUGCGUCUCAGUCAGUUGGCUCUACCUGGGUCAAGGGUCGUCCACCUUCGCGGCCGAGAUUACCCUGCUCACCACCACCCUGACAAUCACCUGUGUGUCGUGGGCCUUCCGCUAUUUUGCAAUGAGCACCGAACUGAAAAAUAAAAAGGUUCUCGUCCCGAUCCACAUCCUGCACGGGAGCGUGACCUUCCUUCUCCAUAUCUGGCUUACGAUUUGCAUCGAGCACGAAAAAAUCGCAUGGAGUUCUGUCAAAAUGAUUUCAGAGGAAGAGUCCCAAUCACUCCUUCGUCUGGUUCCAUACUUAUUGUCCAUUCGAGGAUUUGCACUUGCAAUUUCCGAACCGAGGAAGAGUUGUCUCGACUUUUCGGUGGCGUUUAUGCUGCGACAUUUCUAUUUGGAAGAGGCAAAGUCCUCCUUCGUCCUCCUCCUCUUCAUCUGCUCCCUCGUGACAGGGAGGAUUAAACGUUUUUUUCGAGCUUGGAAGACCUUCUGCUCAAUCUGGUACGCAUUUUGCAUUUCAAUCCUCAUGGGGUCGAAGAAAGCAAAGCUUGUGGUCGCGUGUCUCCUCCUCCUUCCGGUCUCCCUCUGGUCGCUGCUUGUGGCUGUGAUUGUGGAGGGAAUGACGCUCAUCCCGUUGUUCACGUUGCCAAUCUUUAUCCUCCAAUCUCCUCGACCUUCGACCUUCUGGAGCGAGGGCUGGUUUCCGGUGAAGAAGAAAAUUGCAAACGCAAAGAGAGGCGUGAUUAAGCAUGUCGUACAUGAGGUUGAAACGCUGGACUGGAAGAUUUAUGCAGAAAUUGGUCCCUUGUUGGCAGGAUCGCUUGGGAGGAAGGCACAUAUGACGAAAUUUGCUCUAGAACGAGGAGACGUUUUUCUGGCGAGAUAUGAAGAUAGACUUCUCUUUAUUCGGGUGAUAUCUUCCGGAUGGAACUUUGCAUAUUUACAAAUUAAAGGGCUGGAAAUGCAGGAACAGACUUCGUGCCAUCAUCAUGAGGCCGCAAAGGUGGAUGAAAUAUUCGACGCUGUGCUUUCCGAUGAGAGGUCGACCUGCUCCAAGCUUAUUCUGGACCUCCUAUCCCUCCUCAUCCUGUCCCCAAUGUGCUCCCUCAGCCUUCCCACCUACUCAGAGGCCAAGUCCAACAUCUUCGCCCUUUCCAUUCCCGAAGAGAAAGCCACGUUUCGCGACAUAUUUUCUCGGGCGUUCUCCUACAUGUGGAUAAAGAACAAUCCGGCCCUUAAAGGGGAGUCCUACCAGAAUGGAAUCACCUCCCGCAAGUCCGUCGUGGGAACUCAGAUUUCGUCCAACAGUUUCAUCAGUACGGGCGCGGCGGACAAUGCGAUUCCAAGUACGGAUGGAAAUUCUGGUGGGAGUGGUGAAAAUAGUGCGAGUUCGGCUACAAUGACUCCUGUCAAAAAUGAACAAUUUUCCGUGAAACAUGCUCUCCUAAAUUUUACAAAGCCAACGCUAGCGUUUUUUAAGAGGAUGGACUCCGCCGAUAGGAAGAAUAGUACAACUACGAUUGUGAUUCCAGCCACUGUCGAAGAGGCAGAAACUAAUGCUGGGGACCAGCCUAAUAAUAAUUCAGUGGAUAAUAAUUUCGAUUCCGAUAUGAAAUCGGAGGAGGAAGAAAUUCCUGAAGUUAUUAGAAGACGGAGCGUAAUAUCUCGACAAUCGACGAUACAGUCACAAUCAGAGUAUUCUAUGGGGCGAAGAUUUUCGACGACGACUCCUUUGCCGGCCAGACUCGUGGAUGUAGAAUCAGAGACCUCACAUCCUGUGGUUAACAAUAUUUCCGGGGGCGGAGGUGUCCCUACGGGUGGAAGGGAUCGUCUAACCACAAUCUGGGUAAAACUUUGUGUCGGAGAUGUUCUACCGUCAAACGCAGUGAAAGCACGGGUGGAGAAAAUUUGCAAUAAUGUGUGGGAAACCGUGGUGGGAGUGGACGAUGAAAAUGAGAUAGAAUUGUCUCAUUUUUUCCAAGAUGACUUUCUCCUCAAAUUAAAGAAACUAGCAGCUUCGCCGAGAGUGGACAUGGCGCAGAUUACUCUAAAAGCCUUUCGAUACGCGUGCAAACUGACAUUAGACGAAGUAUUCUCGACGACGGACUAUUCCUCAAAAGUCGUCACGUUUGACGCUGACAUGGAAGAGGAAAUUUUCACGCAGCUUAACCUAUUCGAACGUGAGUAUGAAUUCUGCUCACCACAAGAAAUUCCGUUUUGGAUCCAACAAAAUUCCAGUCACAUCAUCACCAUGCACAAAUCCGAGGAGAAAAGUGUCAUGCGUAUUUUAAACUAUGAACCGCAAGGGGUGGAAUUUAAACUUGGUCAAUUAGAUCAGUUCUCAGUUGAAGGAAUUUGGGCGAAUUUGAACUUGGAAUUACUCUACUUGACGUCGGAUGACGAUGAACGAUUUUCAAUUCAGAAUGAUCGAGUCUUGCUCAGAAACAUGAUGACCCAGUGUGCCAAACCCCCACUCGGAUAUCCCGUUUACGAUGCACUAUUUAGAGUUAACUUACACAAUUUUAAAGUAACACAGAUCACUUAAAAAUGAUGUGCUAUAAAUAUAAAUAUAUACAUAUACAUACAUCCGAGCUUCACUCAUGUAAAUGUACCCUGCAAAUAAAAUAAAUCAGCUCUAUGUUUUUAAUACAUUCAUAAUUAUCAAUCUAUAGACCUGCUGUAAUAUUAAUUCUAGAUUCGAUGUCAAUAAAGUGAAAUAUACUUCAUUCUUA